AAAAAAGAGAUUAAAGAUAUGAUAAUACAUGAGGAUUUAUUUGGCUAAGCAUUAUGUGACACUCCUUCAUUCUUUUUCAAAAAAUAUAUAUAAACUAUUCUUUUACCAAAAAUAUAUAUAUGAACACAAUCUUUGUGUUGUCUAACCUUUUAAAGAAUUUCAAAUAAUUUAUGACUCCGAUAAAUUAGGUGAAAUGGAGAUUAGGAGUGACCCUUUUGAUGUUGUUCUUCUACAUCUAUGAUUAUUAGGUGAAAUUUUAGUUUUUAGUAUCAACUUAACAAUUUAAUGGAACCUCCUCAGGAUUUUUGGUCAUCAUUAUGGAGCUUGUUAUGCUUUCUACCAUAUUUCAUCUGCCUUUUUAUUCUAGGCAAUAUUAAAGGUAUCAUUUUCUGUCCAUUAGUAUGCUUAAUAAUGACAAUUGGAAAUUCAGCUAUCAUACUUGGUCUUUGGUGCAUACAUACUAUUUGGACAUAUUACUGUGUUCUAAGAUGUAAACAAUUAGGACCAUUAUUGAAGCUUGUGAUAUGCACAAUUCUACUACCAGUGUUGUUGAUUUUAUGGCCAGUUAUUGGAAUUAUUGGAAGUAUUUUAGGUGGAAUAGCUUAUGGAUUUCUUUCACCAUUAUUUGCUACUUUUCAAGCUAUUGAUGAAGGAAAAGAUAACAAAAUUCUCCACUGUUUUAUUGAUGGAACAUGGAGCAGUAUUUUGAAAAGCUUUGAUAUUGUGAAGGAUGUAAGAGAUGCAUGCUUCCAUACUUAUUUCUCUGUUAUGGAUGACCUACGACAAGAAGGACCACCGAUCGGAAAAUAUUAUGAGAUCAGGCCACAUUAUCUUCCUGGUGCUAUUGUAGCUGCAAUUCUCGGAAUCAUAGUUGAUGUACCGGUUAUAUCAUUGGUUGCUAUAUGUAAAGUUCCAUACAUGCUUUUCAAAGGGUGGAACCGUUUGUUUCGUGACCUCAUCGGUCGUGAAGGUCCUUUCUUGGAGACAAUAUGUAUGCCUUUUGCAGGUCUAGCUAUCCUUCUAUGGCCAUUGGCUGUUAUUGUCGCGUUUCUGGCAUCUGUGAUAGCAAGUAUCUUUCUCGGUGCUCGCGCUGGACUUAUUGCCUAUCAGGAGUCGUCUUUCUUGUUUGGUCUUCGGUACAUUUUUGCAACUUUGUCUCUUUACGACGAAUAUAGUAAUGAUGUUCUUGACAUGCCAGAAGGAUCAUGCUUCCCAAGGCCUAAAUAUCGACGAAAAAAGAUUGAAAUAUCACAAACAACUUCAAAUUCAAAUUCCAUCUCAAGAACUACGACCUUAACAAAGACUAUUUCGCGUACAAUUUCUCUAACUAAUAACAUAGCCGAGUUAAAACCAUUUGAGCUAUUGGAUGGAUUAUGCAAGGAAUGUCUUCAAGUAGGAGAAACAUUGGUUACUCAAGGAUUAAUAACACAUGAUGACAUUCAAGAAGCCAUGUUUGGUAAAGAAAGUAAAGUUAUUAGUAUUGGUUUGCCAGCUUAUUGUCUACUUCAGGCCCUUUUGCGCUCUAUUAAAGCCGAUUCCCCCGGUAUAUUGAUAACUGAUGAUACUGAACUAACUACAACAAACAGACCAAAGGAGAAGUUUUUUGAAUGGUUUCUUAAUCCACUUUUGAUCAUUAAGGAUCAAAUCAAAGCUGAAAAUCUUUCUGUACCAGAAGAGGACUACCUCUGCAAAUUAGUUCUCUUCAAUUGUGAUUCUGAUAGGGUAAAAAAUUUAACUUUUGGUCCUCCUCCGGAAUCCGACCGCAAGCUCGCUGAACUCGAUGCAUUGGCUAGAAGGCUUCAAGGUAUCACGAAAUUUAUCACAAGGUUUCCGACAUACAAAAGGCGAUUUGAUGUUCUUGUGAACACAUUAUCUGAAGAGCUUGCUGAUAAACAUGGAACUUCAACAAUAAUCAGAUCAAAGAGUGCUUUUCCUCGUAUUUUUAGUUUGAAAUCCUUCAAAGUUAACAAAAGUAGUGGUUCUUUUGAUGAAGAAUCUGAAUAUGGAAGAGAUUCAGAAACUUCAUUAUAGUAAUAGUAAAUAGUAAUAUCAUUAUGAAAGAUAAUGUAUCAUAUAUAUGCCUUGUUAAUAGUCUAUAUAUAACACCACAUAGUGUGGCGGCUGACAAUAAGAAAAAAGAACAGAAAAUCAAUUACACUGAUAAAUGGUGUGGAGUUGAUCUUGGCAAAUUUUUUGGUGAUGCAUUCACAAUACCAA